AGCCGAAUUGAUUCGUUUUGGUUCAACGCAAACCAGUAGAGGGGUACAGGAAGCAACUAAUAGAAAACUAGCCCAUCAUGGCUCCAAAGGCGUUAUUAGUGUGUCUUUUAAUUGUGGCGGUUGCCUUCGUCGAGGCCGGGAAACACCCUAAAGCUAACAAGAUAAAGAAAGUCAAAAGCAGUCAAGGAUCCAAGAAGUGUGGUCCAUGCUCAGUAACCUCCUGCGCACCUUCAUGCCCGCCGGCAUGCUGUGCCCCACCCCCACCCCCACCAUGCCCACCACCUUGUCCUCCCCCAUGCCCUCCUCCAUGCCCACCACCUCCACCGCCGUGCCCUCCUCCUUGCAUGACCCAUAGUAUACAGCACUCUCACAGUCAGUCAUGGGCACCGGCUCCUCCGCCGCCAUGUCCACCACCGUGCAUGCCCCCAGGUCCCCCUCAGUCUGUACACCACAUCCAUCAUGUAACUCAUCAUCAUAUGUUGCCUCCUCCUCCCCCCCCCCCACCACUUCCCUGCCCACCACCAUGCCACACUGCUAGUGUUAUGCAUCAUCAUACCCACCAAUGGGCUCCUGCUCCCCCUCCACCCUGCCCACCCCCAUGCUCCCCUCCCGGUCCACCACAAAGAAUCCACCAUGUUCACCAGGUCGUCCACCACAUCGUGCAUCCACCACCACCCCCACCACCACCUUGUCCACCCCCAUGUGUCAUGAGCUGCGCUCCAUCUUGCCCAGUGUCUUGCUGUAAGAAGAACAAGGUCAAGGCCGAGGAUGAUGGCUCUGGCGAGGACCAAGUCGACGAUGACGACGACAAGGUCGAGGAAAAGAAGGAAGAUGAAGCUGACAAGCAGGAGGACAAAGAGGAAGAGAAACAAGAAGCGAAACAAGAGGACAAACAGGAAGAUAAACAAGAAGACAAGACUGAGGAAAAAAAGGAGGAUAAGAAAGAGGAAAACGACGAUGACGAUUAGUUUAACCGAGCUUCAUAGUUAGGUUUCAUUUCGGUGUAUGUUACACGAGGAGUUCAGCGUCCUGAAAGAUGCGCUUAUGAUGCAUUUUACCUGAAGUACGCAUGCUCGUACGCUUGUGAAUAAACGCAACCCUCGAUCCACCUUGUGAAGUUUGCAGAAAAAAAAGUUGUACAUGUGGUUAUUGAUAUUUAAUUAAAGGUGAAGCGUUUUAAACUAUAA